AUGGAGUUGAUUUCUCUUCCUCUAGUUCUCUUGUUGAUCUUAAACAUCCACUCUGGACAAACUAAAGAUGUAACACCAACUCUGACUGUGCAGCCACAGACGUCUGUGUUCAUUGGAGACUCAGUUACUCUGACCUGUGAGGUUCAUCAGUCCACUGGAUGGGAGUUUAUCUUCAUAAACCCUUCAAACACUGAAUCCACUGAAACUACAGGAACUAAAACAAUCAGAUCUGUGCAAGUCUCUGAUGAAGGAGAGUACAAGUGCAGAGCCAGAAGAGGAAACCCUCAGGUUUACACACAAUACAGUGAACCAAUAACAGUGACAGUACAGGAAAGACCAACACCUCUGUUGUCUGUUGACCCUGAUAAACUUCUAUUCAGAGGAGAAACUGUCACUCUCAGAUGUGUCAUCAAUGGAGGAGGAGUCAGCAGCUGGCAGUACAGCUGGAAUAAAGAUGAUUCAGACAUUCAGCAGUAUGAAGAGAUUUACACAAUCAGAUCUGUUAGUGAGUCUGACGCAGGUAAAUACACCUGUAGAGGAACAGAGAUCAGUGGAUCAAGAUACUCACACAUCAGUAAUGCAGUUACACUGACAGUAUCAGAUAAACGCCCGACAGUUUUAAGUGUUUCUCCACAGCAGUGGUUGACUGAAGGAGAUUCAGUGACUCUGAUGUGUGAGGUUAGAAGUUCAUCUACAGGCUGGACAUUCAGCUGGUUCACUGUACAGAUGAAUAGAGAUGUUAACUAUGAGCUGGUGUCAGACAGUAGUAGAGGAUCUAAAGGCAUCUACACAGUGAGUUCAGUGACUGUGAAGCACACAGGAGUUUAUAUGUGCAGAGCAGAGAGAGGAGAUCCAGUCUAUCACACAGAGUACAGUAACACACAAACACUGUGGAUCACUGGUGUUUCUCGUUCAGUCUCUCUGAUCAUCAGACCCAACAGAUCUCAACACUUCUUAUCUGAAUCUCUCUCUCUGAGCUGUGAGGAUCACAGUAAAUCUACUGGAUGGACAGUGAGACCAUACACAGAAGAUAAAGUAAACCCUUGUUCAUCACUAACCUAUGGAUCAGAAACAACAUCUAACUGUACAAUCAGAUCUCUCAUCACAUCUGAUACUGGAGUGUACUGGUGUCAGUCUGAAUCUGGAGAGAAAUUUCAUCCUGUUAAUAUCUCAGUACACUACCGUCAUGUGAUUCUGGACAGUCCUGUUCAUCCUGUGACUGAAGGAGAUCCUCUGACUCUACGCUGUUUAUAUCGAGAUAAAAAACCUUCUAAUAUGAGAGCUGAAUUUUAUAAAGAUGGAUCAGUGGUGCAGAAUCAGACUACAGGAGACAUGAUGAUCAUCCCUACAGUCUCAAAGUCACACGAGGGUUUCUACUACUGUAAACACCCAAAGAGAGGAGAGUCUCCAAAGAGCUGGAUCUCAGUUAAACGCAUCAUCUCUUCGAGUUCUCCAUCUCGUGGUCUUGUAGUUGGAGUGAGUGUUGGACUGAGCGUCAUGUUUUUGAUCAUUUUCUUGGUCCUCCUGUGGAUCUACAAAAACAGAAAAGGUAAAGUCUCUCAGUCUUCCUCAGCUGUCAGUCCACAGCAGGACAUCAGUCAAACAACAGAUCAGAAACAAAGUGAAGAUGGAUACAGUCCAUUGCAGUCUGGAGAUGCUCAUGUUUAUGACACAGUGACUCAGGCCGGACUCAGUCAUGUCCUGUAUUCACAGGUCAGCUUGAAGAAAAAGAAACUCAAGAAGAAAGACAGUGUAAGUGAAACAGCUGAUAUCACCUAUGCUGACAUUGAACUGAAGCCCAAGAAAGAAGUGAAGACAAAAAAGAAAAAAGGGAAUACCAGUGAAGGUGAUGACACUGUUUACUCUAAAGUGAAGACGAGUGGAGAUAAAGAUGUUGUUUCUGGAUCUGAUGAUGUGACUUAUGCUCAGAUUAAAUAAAAGACAAGAAAGAGGAUAAAAGACAGCAGUUCAUUAACUAAUAGCCUAUUUGAUAUCAUCAGUACUUCAUGUGCUUCAAAGUAAAUGCUUGCAAAUCUUUGAUUCUGUAUAGCACCAUACUUUGUGUUAUUAUCAGCAGUAAUGAUUCAGGACUAUGAGGGUUCAAUUCAAUUCAAUUUUAUUUAUAUAGCGCUUUUCACAAUUGUUAAUUGUUUCAAAGCAGCUUUACAUUAAUAAAUGUAGAAAAAUAGCAUAAAAAAGCAAGCAUAGUAAUAAUGUAACAUAUACAGUAAAGUAUUAAGUUAAGCCAAUGGUGGCGGACUCUCCAAGGGACGACAAAAACCCCUUGGGGAAAAACCCUCCUGGCUAGUCCAUGGGGAAAACUCCUAGGAGGAGAAAAACCCCUGAGAGAGAUACAUAUAUAUAUUUAUAUAUAUAAAUACUAUCGGGGUUAUGAGAGUUAUCUUUUUAUUUACUUUUGUAUAUGUUCACUUGAUGUUUAUUUGUUCAACAGGUGAUAUUUAUAUGUAAGCUUGACGUUUUGUUGUGUUGUUUGACGUUUUUGGAUAAGUAUGAAUUGGCAUGUGUUUGUAGAAUUCAUAUGAGAUAUCAUAAAAUAUGCAUUUCAUUUAUAUAACAGUAGGUUGUACCUUAAUGGACCCUAGUGGUACAUUUGACAUGACUGUAGACUAAUUCUUAUGGAAAAACAUUUAAUUCAGCAGCCCAAAAUCCAAAGUCUAGUCACGCUCUGUACUGUACAGUAAGAUAUUACUAAUAGUUAUUUUAUUUUAUUAUGAGUUGUGUAUAUACUGCAGACUAUGCAAUAGUUAAAUAAAGUGUUUUGUGAAAAUUAAACCUAUACACUUCCAGAAAGAAAAGGUACAAAAGUUGUCACUGCGAUGAUAAUAAUUUGUAACAUUUAUACAGCACUUUUCUGCAGCACUCAAAACACUUUACAUAUAAAAGAAGGAUAAAUCUCAACCACCACCAAUGUGCAGCAUCCACCUAGAUGAUAUGACGGCGGCUAUAUUGCUCCAGAAUGCCCACCAGGCUGUGUCUCAAUAAGCUCUCAAGGUCGUGAAUCAGUAUAUCGUCUAUCGUUACCAGGGCACUGGUAAGGACCCUAGCCUUUUUUGUGUUACAUUGUGGAAAUAAUUAGGGAAUAAACGUUCCAGUGCACUAUUUGCUAUUAAGACAGCCCUUAAAAUGGCUGACUCCCUGGUCUGUGCCCUGACUACUGAACAAGGGAGCUGAUUGAGACACAGUCUGAGUGAUAUGGGGAUGUUUAGUAGGCCAAUGGGCAAAUUUGGCCAGGAUGUUGAGGCAUACCCCUCUUUGGUUUAGCGUCUCAUCAUAAGGAUCAUUUAACAUUUGAUAGUAUAGUGUCCCCAUCACUAUACUGGGGUGUUAUGACCCACACAGACAAACGUGUCAGACCAGACCCUGCUGGUCUUACUAACACCUCUACCAGCAGCCAGUUUUCCCAUGAACCCUUUAAAGUCCUAAUAUUUACCAUUUUGGUACAGAUAUGUACCUUUGAAGUAUCCGUAUGUCCAUCUAAAAUGUAUACCUUUGAGGUACAAAAGUGUACUUUUUGAAAAAGUGUACCUUUUUUCUGGGAGUGUACUGUGAUUAUCAGGUCUAGUUUGACAUGUUUUUGUCUCGUUUAUGAAGGAACAAGUUUUUUUAUUGUACUAAUCUAUUUGCAUCUUUCCAUUCAAGUAAUAGAUUUUGACAUUUUUAAUUCACAGUGUGUUUUUAUCAGAUUUUUUGCUGUAUUUAUUUAUAUUACAGUUCUCAUGCUCAUAGUCAUUCUCACUUCACAGUUUCUGAGAAUAAAUGUGAAACUUAACACCAUCUGUAGUUCUGGUCACUUAUCAGCCGCUACAUCUUGCAUAGUGUGCACAGUUUCAUGCUGUAUUUUAGGAAGUUAGUAACACACCCUAAACUUGAAUGCUCAAAAUAAUUCAAUAGAUAAAGAUAUAUAGAAGAAGAAGAAGUUUUAUUUAUAUAGCGCCUUUCCAUAGCUCAAGGUCGCUUUACAAUACACUUUACACAUUUAGACACCCCCGUAUACAGCACAGUCACAUAUGAUACAUAUAGUUACAUUACCCAAAAUGCAUGAUAGAAAUUUUGUUUUUAAUUGAGUCUUGAAUGCACUCACA